AUGAGAGCACCAGAGAACCGAGAACUCGAUAUAAUGAGCGACUCAAAACACGUAAUCACGGAGGCGACGAAAUACCUGCAGAAACACGAAGAUGAAGGGUACAUAGGCAAGGAAAACACACCUAUAAUACGAUCAAUGAUCGCUACCCUCCGGAAACGAUCACCGCAAACGAGACUCCGAUGGAUUAAAGGCCACAAUGGUCACAAGCUGAAUGAAGGAGCGGACCGCCUAGCAGGAGAAGGCGCACAUAAGCCAGACCAAGACGAAGUCAACAUAGACAUACCGCACACACUACAACUGACAGGGGCGAAACUCUCAACCUUGACACAGAAGUUAGCAUACAAAGGAAUUCGUCAACACGAGAUGACCACGUACAAAAAGAGAACCAGAACACAAAACAACCUCAUAAAGAUCGCAGAUUAUAUCGAAAAUCACUACAAGACAACACCAUCGGAGGAAUCGAUCUGGAGAAACAUUAGACAUAAAGACCUCCGAAGAGAAAUCAAAUACUUCCUAUGGAUGGCGACGCACGACGCGUAUAUGGUGGGAUCCAACUGGCUGAGAACAGGAUACUCAGACGAGAUGAAAGCUAGACAUGAAUGUCAAACCUGCGGCGUAGAAGAGUCGAUGGAACACAUACUUACCGAGUGCGAAGCCCCAGGACAAACCGAGAUAUGGAAUUUAGCAGAACAAUUAUGGAGGAAGAAACGAGAUGAGUGGAACAACCCGCUAUUAGGAGGAAUCCUAGGGUGCGCAGGAGCGAUGUUCAAAACCGAAAAAGGCGCCCAAAUCAAAGGAACCGCGCGACUUCACAGGAUAAUAAUCUCCGAAUCAGCACACCUUAUAUGGAAACUGAGAAACGAAAGAAUCAUACGCUUUGACAAUGGACGCCAGCACACCCAAGCAGAGAUACGCAACAAAUGGACACACGCAAUGAAUGACAGACUGGCUAUGGACUGCCACCUGACGAAUAAAAAGAAAUAUGGAAAGAAGGCAAUCAAACCGAAACUCGUAGAAGAGACGUGGUCAGGAGUCCUAAAAAACGAAAAUCAACUGCCGCAUGACUGGACGAAAGGGAAAGUUGAGGUUUUAGUGGGUAUCGAGUUCACAUAA